UUUUUCUAUCAUAAAAAUAAUGAACUUAAAUAUAAACUUCUUAUUUAUUUCAAUUAUUAUUAUAUUAUUAUCAAAAAUUAAAUAUAUCAAUUCAGAAAUUGAAAAAAAUAACGAUGAUAUAUUUGAGUAUUCAGAGCCAAAAUAUUGUAAGAAAAAUGAAUUUUUUAAUUUACAAAAAAUGUCAUGUGAUAAAUGUACAAACAAUCUUGUAUCAGAUAAAACCAGGCUAAAAUGUAUUUGUAAUGAAAAUAGUCGACUUGUUUUAUCAAGCACCAGCAAGCAAUGUCAAAGCUGCAGUAAUGGUACCAUCUUAACAUCUGAUAAAAAUGACUGUAUACCCUGCCAAAUAAACGGACUCUGUCAUUGUCCAAAAAAUCAAAUAAAAGUGGAAAGAAGUUUAAAUGGAAGUCUUUUAAAAAAUCUCGAGUGUCUUCCAUGUUCAAAUAAUUACUACCUAUCAAAUGAUAAAUCAAAGUGUCUUCCUUGUUUUUCAACAUCUAAUAACUAUCAAGAAGACAUUAUCAAUACUCCAUCAUCAAUGAUUCAUCAUAAAUUAAUUGAAACUCAAUGUCUUGAUAAUAACACUCUAAAAAGUUAUCAAAACAUUCGUGGGAUUUAUCUUGUUAAUUAUGAGCUUGGUAGUUUCGAAAGUUACUAUUUAAGAAGUCAAUUAAAAUUGACAAUAAAUAUGUGUCAAAAUGGUGAUGAAUUAUCCUGUGAACAUUUAUCAAAUAUUUGUGUGUUAACUCUGCACAUUGACAGUAUAGCUUGUCAACAAUUUAUCAAAAUUCGUACGAGAAAAAACCUAUUUUAUCCAGCUGGUGAAGCUGAAAAUAUUUUAUCACAACGUAACAUAUCAACAAGAUAUACACUCAUUAAAAAUGACAUAAAUAAUCAAUUAAAAUUCAUCAUUGCAAGACACUCAUUGAAUGGUGAUCUUCAAGCAAUAUCAAACUUGGAUUCACCAUAUUUUCCUUCUUGCUUCAACACCAUUCGUUUUGGUAUUAAUUUAAAAAAAACAAUUUCGACAACAGCCAGUAGCUUGGCUGAAAAAAAACCUGAAUUUUUAACACCUUAUAUUGUUUUUAAUGAUAAACAAAAAAAGCUGAUACAUCAAUUGCCAGUAUUUGUUGAACAAAAUAAUAAUGUUAAUUCAAUUAAAAAAUGGCAAUUAAUUAAAAAAUUUUUUACACUUGAUACAGUUACUGGUUAUAGUACAAUAAUUGAAUCUGUAAAUUCAAGUUAUUAUAAAUCAUCUGAAUUAAUUGUAAUACGUUAUUUAAAAAGUUUAAAAAUUUUAAUUAAAUUACAAGAUGAAAGAGGCAAAAUAUAUCCACCAAUUUUUAUUGUUAAUUAUGGUGAAUUAAAGACAAGUGAUAUUAAAAAUAAUAUUGAUGUAUCAAUUGAUUAUGAAAUUGUAUUUUCAUUGACUGAUGAUAGAUUUAAUCAUAUAAUAUUUAUUGCAAGUGGUAUUUUAAUUGGUAUUGCAAUAAUAUUUGGAAUAUUAAAAAUGCUAAGUUAUCACAGAAGAAAUGAUACUAAAAAUAAUUUAUAUAUUAUUAUUUGGUUUAUUAUUUAUUGUCUUGGAAGUAUUGGAAAUGUAUUAAUUAUUGUAACAUUAAGUUGUUGUAUUUAUAUAUUUAUUUUUUACAAAGGACAAAGUAUUUUGCAUAUUCUUCUUCCUGAUAAUGAUGAUGAAUGGAUCAUUAAAAUAUGUACAAUUAUUGCAUUUGGAUCAAAACUUGUUGAAGUACUGGUUCUCAUUUGGAAUUUACGAAAGAUAAAUAUUUUUUUUAUUGACUGGGAACAACCAAGAAAUUUACAAUCAAAUUUACACAUUGAUUCACCACAUACGUCAUUGAAAAAAUCAUAUAUAAAAAGAUUUUCUGAUAAUUCAUCAAGUGUUGUACAGACUCCAUCAGAAAUAAUAACUUCAAGAAAAAAUAAAUCUUCAUCAAAAUCAAGUCAAUCAAGCACACCAAGUCAUCAAUCAUUUGAACAAAUUGAACAACAAUUAUCACAAAAUUUUAUUGACUCAAAUUUUACAAUAAAUCAUCAAGAUUUUAGUCAAAAUUGGAUGGUCAGUAUUUGGAGAACAUAUUUCGUUGCAAAUAAAUGGCUGCGAAUUAAAACACAAAGAAAAAUUAAUAUUAAUUUUCAAGUACUUGGUACAUUAUUAAUUCUCGAGAUAAUUGGGUUUAAAAAUUUCAACUUAGCAAUUCCUGAAUUAACUCUAGACUAUCAGGAAAAUAAUUUGAACAAAAAUUUUACAUUAAAUUAUGCAAUUAUCUCAAUGAUCUAUAUAUUAAUUUAUAUUUUACAAUGGAUUGUAUCAGUAUUUCGUGAGAAAUAUGUUAAGAAUGAGCUUCAAGGUUUUGUUGAUUUAUGCUCAGUUGCAAAUAUCAGUAUAUUUAUUUUAUCAAAUGAUUAUUAUGGCUACUAUAUUCAUGGAAGAUCAGUUCAUGGAUAUGCUGACACUGAUUUACUGAGUUUAAUAAAUGACUUAAAACGUGAAGAAAAUAAUGUCUGUGCUCAUCGAGGUCUCAUACCAGGAACAACACAACAAACAUUUGUCAUUAGUGUUUCGAAAAAUUUUAAAACAUUUUACACCUCUCUUCUGGAUCUAGAAAAUAUGAACAAUAAAAAAUAUUCAAGACGUAAUUUUGUUGAUAUUCCAAGUUGGGAAGAACGCUGGAAAAUGCAUAUUAAAUUAAAAAAAUUUUUAUGUGGAUUUAUAGAUCAUUGUUUUAAAAAUCUUGACUAUACUGUUAAGGAAAAACAUGUUAUUGAAAAACUUUGUGAUAUUGAAAUAUUUGAAAGUUUUGACAAGUCAAUUUUUUACAUUGACAAUAAUUACUCGUUUGAUCAAGUAUUAUUUUAUGGCAAUGAAUGGACUUUGUCAACAUUUGAAUUAUCAACAUUUUUAUUUAUAACUGUACUUGGAGGAAAUUAUAUUAUUUCAGCAAUGAUUACUAUAAUUUUAUCAAAGCUAUUAAAUAUAUAUGCUGAGUAUGAUAAAAAUAAAAUAUUAGCAAAUAAUACUCUAAUUGAUAAACGAUUUUUUAUGUAAAAAAAGAAAAUAAUAAACAGUUUGUAAAUAAUUUCAAGACAAA